CUGUUGAGACUUUGCCAUCAGAAUGUGCCAAUGACCGAUGCAGAUGCAGAUGCUUGCAUCGAGGAGGUACGAUUGGAGCACUUCCACACCUGGCUCGAGCAAGCACAGAUCCGGCCCAGCGAGAUCCUACACCUGAAGGGUUUCGGUGGGAACGUGCCCAGCUUCUUUGACAAGGAGGCGGUUACGGAAGCAAGCCGGUCUUCUCUUUUGGUCUGGGAUGGUGAUGAGCUCAAAGAAACAAGCUUUACCAGAUUGAUUCCGGAAUACCUGAAGUCUGGAGAAAGCCGACGAGUUGUUGCUUUCAGGAUAAACGAUUCUAUCGACAGCUUCAAGGCAAGCUGGAAGGAGGUUGCAGCCGCACACCCCGGCCGCAUAGCUGUUGUGCCCGUUGACCUCGCGGACCUCAUGAGUCGCCUUAGGCGAUAUGAGGCAGCCAUGAAGGAUAUACCACCGGGGCGGCAAAAAUUUGUGAUGCUCGGCCGCCUGGCCAUCGAGGCCAGCGGCGCGAAGCAAGUCGUCGCACUUGGUGGAGGGAGCAUCAGCCAAAAGGAAGCUGAGCUCAGUUGCGGCGAGGACACCGGCGAGUGCAUGACCGGCUCAAUCCACCCCGAGUUUAAGUCGGUGUUUCAUGUGGUAAACUCUCUUUCAGCUGGGUUCAGUCGGCCCCAGAACGUUCUGCUAUCCGCCUUCCCCAUGGGUCCCCGGUUUUUUUUUUCCUAG